AUGCAGACUCUCCAAUCAUUCUGCUACCACGUCAGCUCUAAGACUACAGACAUCUUAGUGGCUGACCUAGGAAAGCUGAGAGUAAAUAACUGCUUCAUUUACGACAGAGAACCAGGGACCUUGAGCUUUGACCAGGACGACAGUGAUUUGAUGAGUACCCGGUCACGUGAAUCAAUGUCUUCUUUGGCUUUGUCAGAAACCAAUGACUAUUCCAUAGACAGUUCCUCUGCUGCCACUGGGAUGACUCAGAGUCUGUUCAACAAUUACAACCCACCAAUGGGGGCUGUGGCAAAUCCCAUGCUUCAGAGUAUUUAUGGAGGCUUGGACCAAGACCAGAGGUCCUCAGUUAGUGAAGUCCGUGAUGAGUGUGAUAUUUAUGACCCAACAGAAACAGGCACAGGGAGUGCACCAAGGUCACCUAAGUCACCAGAGGGCAGCAGCGUGGAUCCAGAAUUCUUCCCUGAUUCAAGCUCUUGCUUUUCCAGUUCAAAUAACCUAACCUCCCAACACAGGUUGCAUAUAAAUGACAGCAUGAAGGAAGGGAAAAUUAAGAGGACCCCAUCCACCAGUUCCAUGAAUCGUCCUAAGAUACCAAAGUCUGAAGGUGACCAUAUUUUGUUUACUGGACAUCAUGAAUAUUCAUCUGAAGGACAUAAACUUGUACUCUGCAGAGCAAGUGAACAAACAUGAUUACAAUGGGUCUGGUCAGGAUCUGGAGUUCAAGUCCUUUCUGGUGCAAAAACAGGGUGGGGACCCCUUGAAGGAGAAGAUUCAGCUGACCCUGGUGGUGUAGAGGAAUCUUGAGGGGGACAUCAGUCACUCUGCUCCUGACUUCAGGGUCAAGGGUGUACUAUCCUCUGUUCACUGUUCCCUGGACAUUGCUCAGUACAAACUGGUCAGAGGGAUCCUGGACCAUAACCUGGGAGAAAAACUCCCUGAGUUCAGACAUCCUCUGAUGUCCCACCUCAUGGA